GAAGUGAAGCAGGUAUAUCAGUGUUACCUUCCAAAAUAAAAGUCCUUUAAAUGUGUCUGGAUCUCCCUCAUCACACCUGCCAGGAACCGCUCCAAAGGUCCAGAAAAUCCGCCCACUUCCCAGGUGACUUCAGAGACCCGGAAGUGCCUGCUGGCCCCAAGAAGGCUGACAGAAGGAGACCCCCCUCCCCCUACCGGUCACGCUGGUGUCACAUGACCCGGCUUAACCAGCACCAGGAGGUUCGCUGCUCCCGCACAAAGGUCCUGCAGCUCCAUGGCCAGCACCAGGCAGAACCCCGGUCCGGCUGGGGAGAUUAGGAGGCUGCAGAAGAGGUUUAAGAAGCUUGACCUGGAUCAGUCGGGCUCCCUGAGCGUGGAGGAGUUCCUGUCCCUCCCCGAGCUGCAGCAGAACCCUCUGGUCCAGCGGGUCAUCGACAUCUUCGACACCGACGGCGACGGCGAGAUCGACUUCAGAGAGUUCAUGGAGGGCAUCUCCCGGUUCAGCGUUGGAUCCAGCCGAGAGCAGAAGCUUCGUUUCGCCUUCCGGAUCUACGACGUGGACAAAGACGGCUUCAUCUCCAACGGCGAGCUGUUCCAGGUGCUGAAGAUGAUGGCGGGCAGCAACCUGAAGGACUGGGAGCUGCAGCAGGUCGUGGACAAAACCAUCAUCGGCGCAGACCAGGACGGAGACGGCCGGCUCUGCUUCCAGGAGUUCAGCCAGGUGGUCGGCGGAUUGGACUUCCACAGAAAGAUGGUGGUUGACAUCUGAUGAGGCUUCGGACGGACGGACAGCUCGGGACUUUUCCAGGAUUUCACAUUCAUGUUUAGCAGAAGACUUUAAAAAGUAAUCGAUUACAAAAACUUGGAGUACA